GCGGAUACGAGCGAGACUACGCCGCUCACCUCGACUGUCCCCGACACCUUUACCGCACUACGGGCAGAGAUCGAUCACGAGCGAUUGGCAGCGAGUGAGCAUAAUGAUACCGACCUCGACCUCGGUAUCAGGACCGUGGGCGAGUGGAGUCUCGGUGCCGAUGAGGAAUUAAUUCACCCCCCGGCAGAGACCGAGAGUCCGCCAGGUCCAGAGCAACCGUGGGAGGCGCGGUCGACGGAGCCU